GAGUGGACCACGUCGCGCUCGCGUCCGUCCGGGGGAAACAUGACGACGGAGGAGAAGUUCAACGCCGCCGUGAACGUAAUCAGGAGUCUGCCGAAAAACGGAUCGUAUCAGCCCAGCCAUGAGAUUAUGCUGCGUUUUUAUUCGUACUACAAACAAGCGACCGAGGGACCCUGUCAGCAGUCCAAACCCGCGUUCUGGGAGGUAGUGAAGAAAGCGAAAUGGGACGCGUGGACACGUCUCGGCAAUAUGAGCCGUACGGAGGCCAUGAAUAAUUACGUGGAGGAACUGAAGAAAAUUGUCGAAACAAUGUCCUACACGGAUAACGUGGCAACGUUUCUCGGCAGUCUGGACUCCUUCUACGAGAGCGUACCGGCUGAGGAUUUGGAAUUACUCGUGGGACCAGUACUGGAGCGUAUACGCUCCCAACCGGGAUCACCGUUGUCUGGUUCACCAUUAGUGUCUAGAGAAACAUCACCCCACAGAGUGAUGAAUGCUUCUCGGCAUAUAACGAGUAGUCUGGAAACCAGCCCGACCAGCAGCCGCACUGCGAGCCCGCUGCCACAGGACACUGACGGCGAAGAGGAGGAAUUUAUAGACACAGUCGAGUCGGCGCCGGAGAGAGCGCAGAAAGAUACACUUAAGUCCACUAGUGCUCAAAAGAUACCAGCCACGGCAAACGGAAUUGAUCACUCGAGUACAGAGAACGUUAUAAAAGAGAGCACCGAAUUGACCAAUGGAUACAGCAACGUCAACGGUCACGCGGAGGCGGCGGUGUCGGAGGGCCAUCGGGAGAGGGGUAGACAGAGAACGAAGAAGGACGACAAUAAAGUCAACGCGGAAUUCCUGAAUCAGAUCGCGACGACUAUGCAGCACCUGCAGAGAGAUCUGGAUCGCAUCACGGCCAGAGUGAGAGGUUUGGAAGGGCAAGCCCUGCAAGCGCUGGCGCCGCAGACAGAGCACACCGCUAGACGCAGGUAUGCGAAAUGGUGGCCGUUGCAAGAAUGCCCGCCGCGCUUGUUUGUCUUACUAAUCUUAUGGCCAUUUGUCGCUCACUUGCUGAUCAACUUUAUGCAGCGCUACCGCCAACGAAGACUGUGAUGUCACGACUUGUUAUUCCUACGCAGCUGAGAGCCCAUUGCCCAGCGGUCGGGCCACUAACGUUGAGUUACAAUAAAACGUGCAGAGAUAUUUUUUGUUUAGUUUUAUAUUCCUUAUAGAGAAAGAAAGAGAGAGAGAGAAAGAGACGAAGCUGUCCUAAUGCAAUCUGCGAUUACAUUAGUAAACGUGAAUUGUGAUAAAAUCGACUAGGUCAAUCUCCGUAUAUUUUUGCAUAUGCGGCCUGUUUCGGAAGUUGCACACUUUCUCUCGACUGCAGAUUCACACCGCUGAAUAACGGGUCGAUUGAUCCACGGCGAAAGUUCGAUUGAAAGACACUUUUGUCUGCAGUUAUGCUAAGCAAGAGAUGAAAAUGCCUUAAUAUUUUGCUUCUUACGCAUCUUUUCUUUUAUAAAACGAUACAAACGUUAUCCUAAAACGCGUACAACGCCCUUCUUGUUAUGCAUUCAGGUUUGUUUGUAUUGUUUUAUAACGAAAUGUCUAUAUGAUUUUACUUAGUAGAUGUACGCACAGUUUUACCGCAUAUUUAAAAAUAUGGGAAAUACGCAUAGAUAUGUGUAGAGUUAUUUUAUUCCUCGUGUCCGCUUUUUAAUGUUUAUAUUUUAGAGGGAAGUACGUGACUUCCGGGACAAUCUGUAUAAAAAGUAUAUAAAGAUAUAUAGUUCUAUUAAUGUUUUCUAAGGUGGAUUGUAUGUAAUAUAUUUAGCUCUACAGUCGAAACACAGAUUGUAAUAUAUGCAUACAGGGAAAGUAAAAAUCUUUUUGUACAUGCGAGCGUGUACAAUAGUCAGUUGUUAUAUGUAUUUUACGUGUGAAUUAUGUGGGUUUUUUAAGAAGAAAAAACAACGGGGGCUUUUCAAGUGUUUAUACACUACCGGCACUGCGACAACAAUGAUAAAUAUUACUAUUAAUGGAUGAUAAUUCUAAUUUCAAAGGAGCAUUUAUACGUACCGAAUAAAUAAUUGCGAUAAAUUUUAUGUACAUACGUGCAAUGUACGUACAAUGAAAAUAUACAAAUUUUUAAUUAUUA